AUGGAGCCGAGCGGUCCGGAAAACCAAAAUGGGCAACGAGUGUCAGUAUCAACAUAUUCUUCGAAAGACCAGAGUUCGGUGUGCGACUUGGGUGCGAGUGCAGCUAACAAUUACGCAUGUGAAUUCGUCAUUGCUAAAGACUUCACGCCUUACAUGGCAAGAGUUCUUCAUGAUUAUGAAGCUCAGGACAGCGACAGUAUAUCUCUUAAAAAAGGUAUGGCAUACAAAAUGAAUGUCGGUUAUAGCAUAAAUGGAUGUUGA